CUAGGAGCAGCCAGGUACCGUCCUUUUAACAACAGCCAAUGUAUGCCAGAAAGCGAAUUCAGCAGAACUGCUGCUGCAGAGAUUUAGGCAAAAAAAACUAAAGAUGUGAUUACCAAGUGGCCUGGGUAAAUGCUCCACCUUUAUUGCUGGAUUUAUAUUAUUAUUACUGACUUAGUACCGCCUACUUUGUCUGCAUUGGACAAUAACUGGAGAGUCUGUCUUAUAUAAGAAGAACGAUCUGGAAGAGUCAGACAGCUUAUUCAGUACCUGCAUCCAAGAUGAGUUUCAGUACUGAUUAUUACGUUUCUUCCUCCUACCGAAAGAUUUUUGGAGAAUCUCCUCGCUCCCUGGGAGGUCGACUGGGUAGUGGCACUCGAAGCUCAACUGCCUCUAGUGGUUUUAGGACUCAGCAUUUGCCUCGCAGCAACGCCGCACCCUCUUUUAGUUCAUAUAAGCGAACAACCCGACCCUCAGCCUACUCCCCUACUUCACUGGAGAGUCUUGACCUUUCUCAAGCCACUGCACAGAACAAUGAAUUUAAGAUUAUCAGGACCAAUGAGAAGGAACAACUUCAAGGGCUUAAUGACCGGUUUGCCAUGUUCAUCGAAAAAGUGCACAACUUAGAGCAACACAACAAGGUCCUGGAAAGUGAAUUGUCUGUCUUGAGGCAGAAACAAUCAGAACCAUCCCGACUGGCAGAGAUCUACCACCAAGAGCUAAGAGACCUUAGAGCACAGCUGGAAGACGUGCAUGGGGAGAAAUCACAGCUUCUUAUAGAUCGAGAAAAUUUAGAGGAGGAACUACAGAAGAUGAAGGGUAAAUGUGAAGACGAAAUUAAGGCCAGAGAAGAAGUAGAGCAAACUCUGAAAGCUUUUCAGAAGGAUGUGGAUGAAGCCACUUUAGCAAGACUAGAUCUGGAGAAAAAGGUGGAGUCACUGUUGGAUGAAAUAUCAUUUCUUAGAAAGAUUCACGAAGAGGAGGUGUCUGACCUAACGUCAUCUCUACAGUCUGCUCAAAUCUCAGUGGAAGUGGACAUGUCCAAGCCAGACCUAACAUUGGCUUUGAAGGAAAUCCGAUCCCAGUAUGAGUCACUAGCUUCCAAGAAUCUGCAAUCUGCAGAUGAGUGGUACAAGUCCAAAUUUGCCAAUCUGACCGAACAGGCAAACCGGAGCAAUGAAGUCAUUCGAGCUGGCCGAGAAGAGAUGAAUGAGUUCCGCAGACAGCUUCAGACAAGAAUAAUCGAGGUAGAAAGCUUGAAAAACACCAACGAGUCACUGGAAAGGCAGAUAAAAGAAACUGAAGAAAGGCACGGUGUGGAACUGACAGGGCUUCAGAAUUCCAUUGACCAACUGGAGAAUGAACUGAGAGCCACAAAAAGUGAAAUGGCUCGACAUCUGAGAGAGUAUCAAGACCUGUUAAAUGUGAAGAUGGCCCUAGAUAUUGAAAUAGCAGCCUACAGGAAGCUGCUAGAAGGUGAAGAGUCACGUUUUAGCACUACAGGAGUUAGCCUUCCUACUGUCAAUCCAAAGCUAAAUCCAGGCUAUUCUUAUCAAUCACGGAUUAUUACCAGCUCAUCAAAAGUGUCUGCCAACCUGGUUUCUGAUAAGAAGGAAGACAAAGGAGAGAGCUCCAAGUCAACAACUAAAGCAUUGCCUCUGGAUGAAGAAGCAACACAGGAGAGCAAUUCAUCAAUUAAGAAAGUGAAUGUGUCUGAAAAAGAAGCAAAUGCACCAAAACAAGAAGCCUAAUCUUUUGUAAAACAAAGGCAUCUUGGUGCUUAGAGGGAAUUAACACAACCUAAUGCACUACUGUGAUGGAUGAAAUGUGUGUGUAGUUAAAGCCUUAUGCCACAUUCUGUAGAAAAUGUUUAGCUUGCAUUGUGUCUUGAGUUUAACUGUGAAUGAUAUUGUCACAGCAUUUUGUACUUCCAGAAUUAUUAGUUUAGCAAUGGUAGGCCAAUAAAUGCUUAGUAUGUUUGCAGAGUAGUUUUGAAAAUGGUGUAUUAUGCAAGCUUUGAUACAGACUUCACAAAAUGUAAGUGCAGAUGAGUUAGACCUUGAAAUCCAAAACUUUUAAAUCUGUGUAAGAAGCAGCUUCUCCUCUGGUAUCUCCUUGUUCCCAAGAUUAUUUGGUGCACACUAGGUCACCAUUCACGGUGAUCCAUAGUGAUCACAUCAGAACACACGUGGCAUGGGCUUAUGACAAAAGCAUUCAGGCUUAUAUGUAUACUGCAUAAUCUCAGUACUACACAUGUGGCAUGGGCUUAUGACAAAAACAUUCAGGCUUAUAUGUAUACUGCAUAAUCUCAGUACUAGUCUGACUGUCUGAACCAUGAGUUCUCAUCCUUUCUCGUUCUUUCCCUCAAACCAUAAAAAAUGUAAGCAAUAGAUGAGUCCAGCAAAAGCCAAGCUGUCCUUAUGCAUGUGCCAAAAAGAGAGAUAUAUGUGAAAUAGGAAAACACAGUAUGUAAUGUAGCAGCUAUAUUCUUCCAAGCAGAGUCUGCAAAGUACAUAAAGCUAAGAAAGCAUACCUCCGCCAGAAACAAACAGGGCUUCUAAGGAGUAUCUACUUUUGGUAAAAUCUCAGGUUGUUUAAAUGACAAAAUUACACUCUAAAUCUAAACAGGUCUGACUUCACGUUUCACAAAAAGAUACUCCCAUGUGACAGGUGCUAAGAGUCUGAAGCACUUUGCAUUCAUAUUUUACCUAAAGUACUUAAACUUCUAUAUAAUGAAUGCCCAAUUUGAAACUUGCUUUAGAGAUUCUCUAAGACUCUUCUUAAAUUAAGUAAUCCACUGAUUUUGCACAAGAUAACCUACUCAGGGUAUAUUCCUUUUUACCUUUAAUUUGGAUAAAUUAAUCAGGGAGGCUUCUACAUUCACAGUUAUGAAAAACACAUCAUUCCUGGGGCCAUGCUCACAGAUAUUGAGGACAGAAAAUGACAGGGGUGCCAGGACUCCAUAUGGGAUUUUUUUUUUUUUUACAUUUUUUGAGAUGCUGUGAUAGUAGCUUCAUUAAUUAUUCAUUAUAUUGAUGGAUUAAUUAACAUUUGGAAGUACUGCUCCAAAGCUAGUUAUAAAGAAAAACCUGCAGUCCUCAUUAGUUUACUAAAGAAUCUGUUCAGAAUAUCCCAUUACGGAAAAGCUUUGAGUACAUACUGGUAUCCAUUUAUUUAGGAACCUGGAGUAAUAGGAAGAGUCAGAGAUGUAACCCCUGAUAUUUGCAGCAAGUGAUAUCCCAGUCAGGAAAAAAUAUUUUCUGAAAGAAAAUUUUAAUUACCUAAACUUGUGUAUUAUUAAAUUAGAUACAGAGAGAAAAUACAACUUAUUCACAUUUACUUACAUCCCAGGUUACCUGGUACUGAAAUUUAAAGCACAGAAUAGCCAUUAACUUGAGCACCUUUCAACCCAUAAACAAAAAAACUGUAUAAUUUCCCUUCAAAAAUAUGAGACUGAAAGAAUAUUCAUCAUGCUGUAACACAACUACAGAUACAAAAUUGAUAUAAUUUGGGAUAAGCAAUUCUUAUAAAAUUUUACUGUAAUUAUUUUAUUUGGUUAGAAUGCCUGCAAUACUUCUGACUUAAAAUAUGCAUAAGACAGGUAUGAAAGCUUGUAUCCUCAUUUCAUGGACAUAUUUAAUAUUUUCACUAAAUGAAAUUGAGAAGAUAACAGCUGACUGGAGACAUGUCAUAUUAGAAAACUGAUGCGGUAUGUUGCUUUAUCAAUAUUUAUUAAUAUAAAUAUAUUUAUUAAUAUAUUGAAUUUCUAGAUUCAAAAUUACGUCAGUACAUUUCAUUUCAGUAGCAGAGAAGCAGUUUAUGAAGGUCCCCCACUUUAACAGGUGUUCUUUUAGUUUACAGGGCACGCCACAGAAGCCUUUCUAUAGCAUGACAUGCACAACUUGGUCCAGAAUGAAUUUUAUUCCAUCAAACAAUAUUUGCUUUCUUCUGUUAAGACCUUACUUAGUGAUACUCCUGUAGCCAACAAAUUACUCCAUAGAGAUUGUCUUUUUGUAUGACAUCUUAGGUAUGCAGCUAAAAGGCUUCUGCUUGAAAUAAACUCAUGCCAUAUUGCACAUUAUUGUCAUACUGUUAGAUUUUAGAUAUGCCUUAAUAACACUAAAAUAAGCGAUGAAAAAUAUAUGAACAUUCCAGCUAAUGUAUGAUAGGAUUGUUUCCGUCUUACUGAUGAGUGUCAGAACCUUUGAAACCUACAGAGUAUGUGUGUAUAAUUCUAUGCACUAGUGACUUCAUCUUGACAUUCACACCUUCAGUCCUGCAGCUACAUGUGAAGAGAUAUUUCUCAAGGAGACACAUUCCUAAGAAUUACAUAAAUGGCAUUAUAUAAUAUUCGCUCAGAUUUCUGUGAAAAUGACGUUACUAGUCAUUGUGUUAACCUGUGUCAUAGCUACAUUUGUGUAAACUUUUUUCAUAGCCACUACUGUAUAAUGGAACAAAUGAAAUGUAUGGAUUGAAGUAACUGACACUGCAAAAAAUAGCACAUGGAUUGUUUAGCAAAUAUUUUGUUUCACUAAGUCUUCAAUAAACUGAUUGCAUCUG